AUGCCCCGCUUCCCACACCUCCUCCACCGCCUCCUCUGCAUCUCCCUUCCCCCCCGCCCGCCCCCCAAGACCGAUCCCUACACCAUAAGCCACCCCUACAAUGCGCACGCCGCCCCCCUCUCCUCCUACCGCCGGGCCACACCUCCGCGCCGGCGGCCUACUUGGUACACCCGUCGUCCCUCCGGCUCUACUCAGUACACCCCCACCCAAUUCUCCCAGAAGCUCACACACAACCCCUCAACACGCCUCACGCACCGCUGCUCAACCCUCAGCUUCACCUGCGCCGGCCUGGCCCCCACCUCCUACCACGCCUCGACCGCCUCCACCGCCGAACAAGACCAAGUCUCCGCCGCGCUCUUCGCGCGCCCCGACAGCGGCUUCGGAAACUGGCUGCCCGUGCAGGGGAGCACGGUGCUGUGCCGCGAGUGCGAGCUGUUCCCCGCGCUGACGAGUUGUGGCGGGCUGUGUAAGCAUUGCGAUAAGACUGCUAAAGCCCGCCCGCGGCGGCCAGUGAGCGAUGCGUGGACGAUCUCGGCGUAUGAGCGGGACUCGUUCUGCGGGACCCGUGGCUCGUUCUACGAGAUAGAUGAGAGGGAUUCGUUUUGUGGGCCCGGGACCUGGGGGCUGGAGGAGGAGGAGGUGGAGGAGGAGGAGGUGGAGGAGGAGGAGGGAGGGGAGGUGAUGGUAGAGGGGGGGCUGGACUCGCCGACGCUGCCGUAUGAGCGCUUUUUCACGAUUGGGUCGCAGCCGCCGGUGCCGCCGCCGACGCCGCCAUUGGUGGUUGUGAAGCGGGGGCGGCCGGAGGAGGAGGAGGUGGGGAGUAUCGAUUUCAAGUCGAGUUAUUAUGCUAGGUUGUAUCGGGACUGGAUCUCGGUAUCGUAG